AUGAGCCGCCCGCUCUGCAACCACUACGCCGCUCUCCUCACCUCCGCCGCCGGACGCAGCGGGGCGCACGUCGCCGGCGCAGUGCACUGCCUCAUCCUCAGGACGCUGCCGCACCCGCCUCCCGUCCGCCUCCUCAACCACCUGCUCACCGCCUAUGGCAAGGCCGGCCGCCACGCGCGCGCGCUCGGCCUGUUCGACGCAAUGCCCCACCCCAACCUCUUCACCUACAACGCGCUCCUCACCACGCUCGCCCACGCCAGGCUCCUCGACGACAUGGAGGCGCUCUUCGCGUCCAUGCCGGAGCGCGAUGUCGUCUCCCACAACGCGCUCAUCGCCGGCUUCUCCGGCGCCUGCUCGCACGCGCGGGCGGCUGGGGCGUACCGCGCGUUGCUGCGGGAGGACACCGGCAUCAGGCCUAGCAGGAUCACGAUGUCGGCCGUGGUCAUGGCGGCGUCGGCCUUGGGCGGCCGCGCCCUCGGUAGGCAGUUCCAUUGCCAGAUCCUGCGGCUUGGCUUCGGGGCGUACGCUUUUGUCGGGAGCCCGCUGGUAGAUAUGUAUGCCAAGAUGGGCCUCAUCGGGGAUGCCAAGCGGGUCUUCGAUGAACUGGAGGGCAACAACGUCGUGAUGUACAACACGAUGAUCACUGGGCUGCUCCGGUGCAAGAUGGUUCAAGAGGCGAGGCGGUUGUUCGAGGUGAUGACCGACAGGGAUUCCAUUACUUGGACCACCAUGGUUACGGGGUUGACGCAGAAUGGGUUGGAGUCUGAGGCUCUGGAACUUUUCAGGAGGAUGAGGGUACAGGGCAUCGCCAUUGAUCAGUACACCUUCGGAAGCACCCUUACGGCCUGUGGCGCCCUUGCAGCCUUGGAGCAGGGGAAACAGAUCCAUACCUACACAAUCAGAACUUGUUACGAUGAUAAUGUCUUUGUUGGGAGCGCGCUUGUUGACAUGUACUCAAAAUGCAGGAGCAUCAGACUGGCAGAAACUGUGUUCAGGAGGAUGACGUUCAGAAACAUCAUCUCAUGGACUGCGAUGAUUGUUGGAUACGGACAGAAUGGAUGCAGCGAGGAGGCUGUGAGGGCCUUCUCGGAGAUGCAAAGGGACGGCAUCGAUCCUGAUGAUUUCACCCUUGGAAGCAUAAUGAGUUCUUGCGCUAACCUAGCAAGCCUGGAGGAAGGUGCUCAGUUCCACUGCCUAGCUCUUGUUUCAGGGUUGAUGCCGUAUAUCACAGUGUCCAAUGCACUAGUUACCUUGUACGGCAAGUGCGGCAGCAUCGAGGAUGCGCACAGACUGUUUGAUGAGAUGACGUUUCACGAUCAGGUAUCCUGGACAGCCCUUGUCUCUGGGUAUGCUCAAUUUGGGAAGGCAAAAGAAUCUAUUGAUUUGUUUGAGAAGAUGUUAUCUAAGGGUGUGAAGCCUGAUGGGGUAACAUUUAUUGGUGUCCUUUCUGCCUGUAGCCGUGCUGGUUUCGUAGAGAAAGGCCGCAGCUACUUUUAUUCCAUGCAGAAGGACCAUGGUAUUGUGCCCAUAGAUGAUCACUACACCUGUAUGAUUGACUUGUAUAGCAGAUCUGGGAGGUUAAAAGAAGCUGAGGAGUUCAUAAAGCAAAUGCCGAUGCGCCCUGAUGCAAUUGGAUGGGGCACAUUGCUGAGCGCUUGCAGGUUGCGUGGUGACAUGGAAAUCGGCAAAUGGGCUGCUGAGAACCUCUUAGAGAUCGAUCCCCUGAACCCGGCUAGCUAUGUGUUGCUGUGCAGCAUGCAUGCUGCUAAAGGUCAAUGGAAUGGGGUUGCCCACCUAAGGCGUGGAAUGAGGGACAGGCAAGUGAAGAAGGAGCCGGGCUGUAGCUGGAUCAAGUAUAAGAAUAAAGUUCACAUUUUUUCAGCUGAUGACCAGUCUCAUCCCUUCUCCAAGGGGAUUUAUGAAAAGCUUGCGUGGCUCAACUCCAAGAUGGUUGAAGAAGGAUACAAACCUGAUGUCAGUUCAGUGCUGCAUGAUGUGGCAGAUGCUGACAAGGUUCACAUGCUCAGCCAUCACAGCGAGAAGCUUGCAAUUGCCUUUGGAUUGAUGUUUGUUCCACAGGAAAUGCCAAUUCGUAUCGUCAAGAAUCUACGGGUUUGUGUAGAUUGUCACAAUGCUACCAAGUUCAUAUCUAAGAUAACUGGCCGUGAUAUUCUUGUGAGGGAUGCUGUCAGAUUCCACAAGUUCAGCAAUGGUCUAUGCUCUGGUGGAGACUUCUGGUGAUGGCAGUCUUUCUGGUUCUGACCAUCCAUCCAAAUGAGAAGUUUGACUGGGAAUUGUUAUUGUUAAUGAGCAAAAGGAAAACAAAUAGCUGAGUGAAGCCUGAAGCUAAACGUCAGUCUUUCUGGUUCUGACCAUUUAUCCAAGUGAGAAGUUUGACUGGGAAUUGUUAAUGAGCAAAAGGAAAACAAAUAGCUGAGUGAAGCCUGAAGCCAAACAUCGAUUGCGUACUGUGGUGGCUACCAGCUGGCUUUAUGCUCUUUCGGAAAAAUACGGCAGUUGGCUUUGUGGGAUUUGUUUGAUGGCAUGCACAAAAGUUGAAAUUAGUCCAUGUUCCUUGGCUAUCCAGAGUUGAAAGAGGUGUGUUAAUGUUACCAUGAUUGUGCACUUCUGGAAGUUCAUUGGUUUUGAUUUUAAAUGAGCUUCCUAAUUGUUGAUGGUUAUCCCUGAUGAUUGUGCACUUCUGGAAGUUCAUUGGCUUUGAUUUUAAAUCAGCUUCCUAAUUGUCAAUGGUUAUGCCUUUUGACAGCCAAAGUGUGAAGCUGUUCCCUGCUAUGUCAUACAGAACAUCCUCUUAGGAGCAUAUCGAAGAUCCCCUCGAAGUAGGAAGAAGAAUGGCAAUGGAAAAUAAUAGCAAUAGUCGUCUCGUAGGUGCAGGUGCUGGUGCUGGUGAAAGAGUAGCUUAUGUGGCUGGAGUCAAAGGAGCUUUCAGAGACAUAGAAAUCAUAAUAGAAAGAGCAGGCCUGCGAGCAGCGAGUGCCCUUUGUAAGCUGUGAGCCUGUCAAACCAUAGGCGCCUUAGCUAGCUGUAUGAUCUUCAUUUCUGAAAUAUUUCGAAUUUCUACUUAUCCUGAUCUGCCAAAGAACAGAGGCCAUAAUUUUAUAUAUUGUGGUGGGCUUGAGAGAUGCAUGUGUGCAGGCUGGUAAAUGCAUGUCCCAGUUACUCUGAAUGUUGGGGAUUUGCAGCAAGCGUCCAUGACUGAUCCAGCUUUAAUUUGCGACAGUUAAGGAAAGACAUGGCCUUGGUCUUCUUCCUUGUCCAGUGCAGAAAGGAUGGAGAGCUGAAUCAGCAAAACAGUUCUAGGGCCCUGAGAUCGAGAACAUCCCGACUGAUUACAGCAUGCUACAGCUACAGGUAACACAAGGCUUGUGCAAUUGAUCUGAAAUGUAGGUAAGCGAGCCUGACGACACAUUACAUUUGUCUAGUAAACAGGUGGAUGGUCUUUUAUUCCACUGUUGGGCUGCUUUUUGUGUGACACUCAAGUGAGCUAUAUAUUUACACUGAUAAAUUGCAUUGUUUGCAUCUUAAUCCUGUAAUCCACAUGGUGUCAUGUGGAGCCGGAAGUAUUCCCGGGGCAAGAACAAGGCAAGCCAGGCGCGGGUUGAAGAUCACGCCGAUGAGCCUGGGCAUAUUAGUCUCGUCCAUAAGCAUUGUUGGGUUAAUUGGUUUAGAUAUUCAUUCAUUAGUUUGUUAUAGAUGUGGAGGACUUGGGGUAGCUUAAGGAUCGGAUUCGGUUUAUGCGCGAGUUUUGCUGAGAUUGAGAAAGGGGCAAAAAGCCAGCCUAUUUAUGAAGGCCUUGUAUCUGGAACGUAUAUCAAGUAUAUAUGUUAAUUAACUGAAGCAUAA